UUACGCUUACCUCGCAAUUCUCAGACCAUUCAGAAAGUUGGCUAGACAAACUCUCAAGAGCAGCCGCAAGAAGAAUAUAGCCAACGAAACAUUUCAGUAUCGUUGGAUUACAUUGAAAAUCUCUUGGAUAACAUGCAAUCUACAGUUUUUACCAUCUUGUUUGUCAAAGUAUGUUUAACUUUACAUGGAAUUACAGCAGUGUUAGCCGAACUUCCAAGUCCCAGUAACAUCAGGAUUAACUCUGUCAACAUGGGACUAGUGUUGGAGUGGGAUGCACCUCAGAACCACACAGAAAACAUAACCUACAGAGCAGAGUACAGGGGCUUGGUCAGCAGCUAUGAGGUUGUAUGUUGGAACACAACAGCCCAAAGCUGCGACUUCACCAGUCAUCUAAACAAAUUUGGAGUGUACAUUUUCCAAGUGAGGGCAGAACGAGAGGGGGACACAUCUCGCUGGUUGAAGACUGAGUGGUUUGUCAUGGAUGAACACACCACGCUAGGCCCUCCCGGUGUGACGCUCGUCUCCAGUGGUGCUGUCAUUGAAGUGAGCAUCAACGACCCAGUGCUCAGGAUCUCUGAGUUCAAAGACGUAUACAACCACGCAAACUUUAACAUCACCUACUGGAAAGAGGGUCAGGAGGAGAAGGACAAAAAUACGAAAUGCACCCCACUUCGUAAAGUGGUCUUGGCGCUGGAGCCAUGGACCAGGUACUGUGUUCAGGUCUGGGUGUACACACAGAGGUUCUCCAAACACAGCCAGCCCAGCAAUGUUACAUGUGAGAGCACCGCUAAGGGCAAUGACAGGCCUUGGGUGGCAGCGCUGGUGACGUUUGUGGUGAUGGCUGUGGCAGUGGCCCUGCUGGCCCUGGCCUUCUGGUACUGCUACAGGGUGGUCCGCUUCCUCAGACCCAAGGCCAAGCUGCCUGAACAUUUCACAGAGCUGUUGGAUCCCCCAUGCUCCUCCAUCCUGGCCAUACAGAGCAGCCCCCAGCCUGAGGAGGUGUACCAUGAGCUCCGCGUCAUGCCAGGUGGGGCAUAGACAAAGGAGAGCUCUAUCUGUUGGUCGGAAGAACGUAAUACACACAGACUGGGAGAAAACACACAGACCGUCUGGCUGUGUUCGAGAGUAUCAAAACUGUGAAUUGAGACUGACUGACAGAUCUACAAAUAAUAUUGAAAAGUUAUUUAUGUUGCAAGGUGAUUUGUUGAUCAGUCAUUCUCGACUCGCCUUUAAAGUCGGCUGCAAUGUCGAGCACGCCCAAAGUGGGUGGGGAAGAUAUGGGUCAAAAAUAGGAAGUGAGAAGUCCGAUGUGAAGUAAGAAAAGAGAACAAGGACUGAAAUAGAUGGCAGAAAAGAGGACGUGUAUCUUAUUGAGAAUUGAGAAAUAAUAUUCUGACAUCUGGGAUUUAGUGAUUUUUAUUAAUGUUGAUGAAAUGCUAAGAGAGCUACUUACUGUGAUGUGUUUAUUUAUGUGACCUUUAUGUGUAUGAUAAUGAUCAAUAUUGCCUAUCAUUCAUUAUGGCCAUGCAUGGUAAGCCUACACUGGCAUUUUUGGGGGAAUCAUGGCUAUAGGGCAACAAUGGUUCAACCACUGUCAUCAGAGAGACUUACAACACAGAUCAAUGAUGCACUCUGUGUUUGUUCCUAUAUGUCUCUGUGUGACUCUGUUUGUUCCUAUAUGUCUCUGUGUGACUCUGUUUGUUCCUAUAUGUCUCUGUGUGACUCUGUUUGUGCCUAUAUGUCUCUGUGUGACUGUGUUUGUGCCUAUAUGUCUCUGUGUGACUCUGUGUUUGUGCCUAUAUGUCUCUGUGUGACUCUGUGUUUGUGCCUAUAUGUCUCUGUGUGACUCUGUGUUUGUUCCUAUAUGUCUCUGUGUGACUCUGUUUGUGCCUAUAUGUCUCUGUGUGACUGUGUUUGUGCCUAUAUGUCUCUGUGUGACUCUGUGUUUGUGCCUAUAUGUCUCUGUGUGACUCUGUGCUUGUUCCUAUAUGUCUCUGUGUGACUCUGUGUUUGUGAAGGAUAUUAAAGGAACAAUGCAGCCAUUUUUAUCUAAAUAUCAAAUAAUUUAUGAGUAACAAUGAGAGUAAGGUACUUCAAUUAAAAUAGUUAAAAGGAAACAAAUAGCUUUUUAUCAAAUAGCAACUUCUUAAUCAAGACAUUUGCUAGGACUGUCUGGGAGUGCUUUAGGCAAAAACAGAAAAUGAACUGUUAUUGGCAGAGAGGUUUGGACCUCUUUCUUAUUGGUCUAUUAACUAAUUUACCACAUGGUGAUGUUACCAUGGAAGGCCAAAACUCCAUCCUACAUAAAAAGGCUGAAAUUUCAGACAGUCUUUUCAAACAGCUCUUAUACUUAAAGGACAUUAUCAUAAUUUUCAUAAUUUCACAGUAUUAUUCCAAGCUCAUAGUGUGGAAAUUUAAAACACAGGUAACUCACGUUUUUGACUGCAUUGGCCCUUUAACAGUAGAAGGUACUCUAUUAGCACUUGGAAGAUGUCGUUUGACAUUUGAAGUCAUGUUUUAUAGACUUUUUACCAUUUUAUAUUGUGGGAGACCACACACACAAACAAGUAAAAAAUGUGCCCAACAGUUAAAAAUGACUUGCCAAGGGAAUAAAUAUAUAUUUUUAAAUGCUCAUAAAUGUUUGGUGUUGUCACCUAUCAUUGGUUAUUAUCAAUGCAUGUUUACUUAAAGUUGAAAUAUACUGAACACAAAUAUAAACACAACAUGCAACAAUUUAAA